CGCCCGCCUCGCCCCGGCGGGGGCACCCCACGCCCGUACCUGACCAUGACCCCGCGCCGGUCCCCGCUGGGCCAUCCCGGCAUCUCCUGCUGAAGGGACCGGCUGCUUUCCGACCUCCACCGCCCCCCCACCUUCUCCGCCUACUCGCUGGUGAGGCUGCCGCCUCUCCCCGGAGCCCCGCCGGAGUGAUGGGCUGCAUCGGAUCCCGCACCGUGGGAAAUGAGGUGAUUGCAGUAGACUGGAAGGGACUGAAAGAUGUGGACCAAAUCAAUAUGGACAGCACGAGUUCACUGCACGGCAGCAGCUUCCAUCGACCUUCCACUGAGCAAACACGGACAGAUUUCUCCUGGGAUGGCAUCAACCUCUCCAUGGAAGAUACGACCUCCAUCCUCCCCAAGCUGAAACGCAACUCCAAUGCUUAUGGGAUUGGGGCUUUGGCUAAAUCAUCUUUCUCUGGGAUAUCUCGCAGCAUGAAGGACCAUGUCACAAAGCCAACAGCAAUGGGCCAAGGCCGUGUGGCUCACAUGAUUGAGUGGCAAGGCUGGGGCAAAGCCAACAGCCAGCAGCAGCAGCACACGCACGAGACAGCGCGCAAAGACGCCGACGCCUACUCAGACCUGAGUGAUGGGGAGAAGGAGGCCCGGUUCCUUGCAGGAGUGAUGGAGCAGUUUGCUAUUUCUGAAGCAACUCUCAUGGCCUGGUCCUCCAUGGAUGGUGAGGAUGUGAGUGUAAACUCAAAUCAGGACAACCCAGCAAGCAACUACUCUGAGAACUAUCAGGAGCUGAUGGAGAGCCAAGAGCAUAUGGCCCAGACGCAGUAUGAUAGCUGGCCUCAUUCCUACGUCUCACAGGGCAUGUAUUGCUUAGGUUCAUCUGAUGCCUGGGAGGCCAGUGACCAGUCCCUCAUCGCUUCCCCAGCAACUGGCUCCUACUUAGGCCAGAAUUUUGAUGAGUCCCAGACAAACCUUCAGGAAAGCAUUUUGCUUCAGAGCAGCUUUCUCCAGCAGCAACAGCUGCAGCAACAGCGGCAGGAGCAGAACUUCAUCCAGAGCACGGGGCUGGUCCACGUGUGGCCCCUGCAGACUGCUCAGAGUGGGGGUGGAGCUGAGUCCAGCACAUACAUGGAGGACCACAUUGAGGAUGAAGGGAACCCACGGCUGGAGAAGGCUCCUCUCCUGAACAAGAAGCCCUCUCCAGAGGAGGAUGAUGCAGUGUGCCGGGACCUGGAAUCUCUAUCUCCUCGAGAGGAGAUGGAACAUGCUGCACUGAGCCGCAAAGUCUCAGAUGUCACCUCCUCUGGGGUGCAGUCCUUUGAUGAGGAAGAGGGAGAAACAAAUAACUGAUGCUUUCUGUGAAGUUCUCAUCACUGCUGAACAAAGAGAGGGGUGGCAAGGAAUGAAAUUACAGGGAUUCUUCUCUCCAGCUCCCCAUAUUUCUGAGGAGGCACACCUUCCAUUCUUGACAUUUAAUUAUUUUUUUAAACAAGAGGAAAAUCUCAAAGUGAUUGACAUAUAAAAACCUCUUCUCCCCUCCCCCAUGGACAUAUAUUUUGGAUUUUCAUUGCUCUGGGCAACAUGUGAGGUGCUUGUAGAGGUCUGGAUUGGUAAAUAAUUUCUAAAUCUUUUUAAUACAAAGUCUUGGCUCUUGAUACAAAUUCUUCUGGUACAGGGGAUAUGGCUGAUGAGGCAGACUGGGUAUAGGGAGCGACUAUGUGGCUAGAAUUCAUCUUGGCAGAAUGGAUGGUGUUCUGUGCACAUGGUCCCCUUUGAUGGAAUAUGUGAAUAUAAACUGGUUUAAAAUGAAGAUUUGGCUUUGCAAAUAUAGAUUGCACUAGUAUUGUGUGAUUGUGACCAAUACAGACUAUAAGGCUGUAUUCGAUACAUAUUGUACUGAAAUGAAAGUUUGCUGUGUAACCAGAUCCUCAAUAGCACCUUGAUACAAAAUGGUAGGUUUCAUGGAUACAAACUGUGCUCUGUGGGCACGGGCUAUGCUGCUGUACAGAUGGUGUGGCUCUGUGGGCCAGGCUCUGCUGUGGCAUGGGGGAAUGGAUGCAGAUGUGAAUCUAACCCUGUUCUCAGAUAUUCAUGUUUUGGUUUCUUUCAUUUAUUUGUUUCUUUAUUUGACAUUUCUGCCUUCCCAGGAGCUGGCAAGAGCGGUGUGUCCUUUUGGUAUUGGGCACUGGAAGGCAGUGGAAAGGACAUUUUCAGCCUCGGAGAUAGUAAUAAAAAGCUGACUCUUGCAGGAGGCUUGAGAACAUGUCCAUCUUGGUGCUGCUGCUGCAUCUUUCUGUAUUCUCCCUUGCCAGUGGUAUGGGGAGACCCAGAGAGUAGGCAACAGAUCCAGGAACAGCGUGUACAGCUAUGAGAUCACAGAUACCCAGUUUACAUUAGAGUUUUCAGCUUUUGCUUUUUUUUUUUAACCUUUUUAUAUUGCUGGAUAAGUGUUAAUAACAGAGCAGUUAAUAAUAGGAAAGGCCUGUACUCCAGUCAUGACUUAACAGAAAUACUGUUCACUUCCCAUUUCUGCCACUCCUUCUACAGUGCCAAAUGUAGCUGGAGGAAAAGCGGUGAGAGGAAGUUUUCUCCUCCUAUUUGUCUUCUUCCUGCCUAUGUUUUCUUUUGUUUUCCCACGCCCAAGCAGUAUCAAUAAUCCUCAGUAUUUGGUCUGUUUGUUUUUCCCUCCCAUCUCUUUUUUAGGUGUGGAGAAAGCUGAUUUCAGGAGUUUUCCCUAUUUUUACGGGUUCUACAUUUUUUGUUAAAAAAACGUGGUUCAUUGACUAGGGGAAUUUGGUCUCUUGCAAUUCCUCGCCAUGUUUCUACAGACCUCCUUUUGGGAGGAAGAGGUUUUGAAAGGAAAUUGUCUCCUUUUGAGCUCUCGCCAGAAAAAAAAAACCAGAGACAAAAGCAAAAAUUGUACAAGGUUAUUGAUUUUGCUGAAGAACUGAACAGAACCAGCAGAGAUUACCCAAAUGCUGAGUUUUAAUUGCAAGACAUCUUGCAAAAAAGCAUCGGCAAAGCAUGGGUGUAAAUCAGAUGCUAAAUCUGAUGAGCUAGAGAAAUGAAUUUGCCUGGGCACUGCCAUACUGUUCCAGGGGCAACUCUUUCUCACUUACUCUGACUCAUAUCUGCUCUGUUUAAUUCAUGAUACAUUUGUUUUUUCUUUGCCUCUUCUUCAGGCUUGUUGUGUUUUUUGGAUGACAGGAGAGUGAUGCAUGCUCCUUCCCUGCUUCAGAUUUGCAGGGAAGAAUGUCUAAGGAGAAUAAAUUGUGACUGAAGUAAUACCAUCAAGUCUCAGAGUUCAGACAGCUCCUGGCAAGCAAAGCAGGUGACAUCCAGGAAUUACGAAAAGUAGGAAUGGGGCUCUCAGGUAGAACUUUACCCCACUCAGCUUUCUCCCACUUACACUGGCAGCUGCAUGAAGAGGGACUCCUCUUUCAAUAACUAAGUCGUUCCAGCAAAGUCCACUUCAAGCGGAUCUGUCUUCCCUCUCCUGCAUCUCUAAAGGAAAGACCUUUGGGAUAUUUAAGUAAGAUUGGUAAUUUGGUGUAGGUAAGAGGGAAAAGUUUUUGUGAUCAUCUUUUUUUACUCAUUUGUUUGGUCUUGCUUACAUCUCUCUAAGGAGGUAGCUCUUCUCCUGAAUGAUGACCUUUCAAUAUCUCUUCAAAGAUGUUUACACAUUCAGGUGCUAACCUCCCCUGGGCAGGAGGGUUUGAUAAAUAUGAUCUUCUAUAAUUCUUGCAGGGCCAGUGCUAGCUCAUUGUCCUGAACUGGUUUGGGUCUAGCCUUAGAGCGGGACCUAGGAAAUCACGCUAGACAGAAAAGGGAGAUGGGGCAAGUGCCAAGAGCACAUCAGCAGAUGACAAAUGAGUGUUAACCUUUUCUUAUUUCUUUUUUAAAAAUCCUUCAGGGAAACAAACAUUUGUUGGGUAUGUUUCUUUCUGGGAGAUUUGGGUGGCUUCUUGUUUUCCUCUCCAAACCAUUUUGUUCCCAUGUGCCUCUCCAGGAGCAAUCUGGAUGUUUACGGUGACUUUAGAGUAGCUUCUAAUGAUCCCUCUGUGUUGUUUACAGGACUGGGACAAGUGGGUCAGCUUGUCCAGGCCUUCUUUUUCUUUAAUAUGGACAUGUGGUACAUUUACUAAGAUGUGUGACUCAUGUCUAAAAGAUGUACAUUAUCUCCGUGGAAGACAGUGACAAGGAAUUAUCUACAUGGGAAGAAGUGUGAAAAAAAUUAACCUCUGUGGAAUGGGAUAGAGAAUUAUACCCUACUGUAUAAUUCCAUAACCUGAUCUCUAGAAACCUGUAGAUAGCCUCAUUCUCUGUGAAUACAGACUGGUUUGAACACUACUCUCUGUAAAAACUUCCAAACUUACUAAUUUUUUUUUUCAUAAAGGUCUUGACUUUCUGUGAAUAAUAAAAUUUCAGCCUUUUCCUGAAAGAAAGAAAAAGGCUAUUUUCCGUGACCUCUCCACAAUCCAAAAGAGAAAUGUAUCUGUAUUUGCUAGGAGCUUGACCAGAGAGAGCAGAUCUGCCUAUCUACACUUGUCACCUGCGUGAGCAUCCCGAGCUGAACUGGAAAGGCAGUUUGAAUCUCUUUGAAAGUGGAAAAUUGUUUGUAUAACCUUUUCUUAUGUAACAGGCCUGCUGGUUGUGUGUAUCCAAUAUUAGAGAGAGACCUGGAACCUAGUGUACGUUUCCCAGAAAAGCUGUUAUUAUGUAGAUACACCUAUUCAAGCAUAUGGGAGGCACAGGUGCUCUGUGAGUGAAAUUUGGCCUGCAAUCCUUUAUCCUGGUGAGGAGGGAUGAGUUGGAGAGAGUCCAGCCAAAUAGUCAGAGCCCAAAUUGUAUUUGUGAGGCUGAAAAUAAGACGAAAGGUAAGCUCAAUAUUCUUGAUCUGCAGUUACUAAGAAACUGAGCCUGCUGUUUGUUUCCACAAACCUUUUGUAAAGCAGAGCUGCACUACAGAAAAAUUUGGAUAUUCUUGAAGCAGUGGAGGUAGAAGAUUCUCAUCUUUUCCCCAAGCCUUUGUCUUCAAUAGUAACUUGUUGAAAUUAUUAUGCUAAACACAAAGAAAGCUUAAACACAAGUGACCCUAAUUUAAAAGCUUCCACUGCAAGAAAAUUCUCUCUUGUUCCUUUUCCCAUGAUUGCUCAUAUCUGAUUACACUAUUUCAUAAGUUGUUGGGGUUUUUUUAUAAAUCUGAAGCUUUCUUUAUAAGCCUUCUGAGUUCUCUUCAACUCCAUUACCUCAGACUCUGGGAUGGAGAAGUCAGUCUGCUCCUUUCAGUUUCUGUGCCUCUAAAUUACCAUCACCUUCUUCUGGAAAGCUGCUGACAAGUCACCCACUUGCUUUCCCCCUUAAAAACUUUAAUGUCACCUUUAGCGACAGUCUUGCAGCAAAGAACAGUUUAACCAUGCUUCUAAGCUGAUCCAAUGGUCAGCUGCUGUGAAGGAAGGCAGCCCUUUGCCCUGGCUGUGCUCACCUCCCACAACCCUUGUGCUGAUGCUGAUGCACAGUUGACCCACAGCAAACCAUGCACUUUUACCCUACUAUAAAAGUGAAGAGGGAACAGCUGUAAGCAGAGGGGGAGAUAGUGCUAUUCACAGCAGCUGGCUUUCCUUUAUAUCAGGUUAGGGAAACAGGGAAAGUGCACUUUGAAGUGGCAUCUUCAUGAUGAAUCUAAGCUGCUCGAAGGAGCUGUCAUGCCUCCUCCUUUCCGCCAGCACCAGCUGUGUACUUCUACUGCCUAAAAAGCACCAGCGCUAGCACUCAUUUGCCUGCUCAGGAACUGGUCCCAUUGAAAACUAACCCAGUCCCCUAUCAAAAUAAGGGUUUCAGUGGGAUGAACUCUUCAUAUCACUUCACUUGGUGAGGCAAGCAUCACUGAGGGCUGGUAAAAUGUGCAGAUGGUCAUGUGGAAGACUGGUUGCCAAUGCAACUUAAAUUGGCUUAAGCCAAUUGUGAAGUACCUGUCUGAAAAGAAUAAGCCCAGCUGGGGCACCAUGAAGGACAUAUUUCCCUUUCUCUCCCAUAGUGUUUUUCUUGGAAUUUCUAGUAUGCUCUUGAUUUGGUGUUUGUUGUUAUUUAUGCUCUGUUAUUUCCCUCACUAUUCCCUUCCUUUCCAAAGGCUCCUUUGAGAUAAACCCUUGCAAGGGACAGGAGGACAGGAGUAACUUGAUAGAUGCAUGGAAUUAAUAAAAUUAACAUGCAUAAAUCUUAUAUGCACUCAGUGAUUAAACUCCAUGGCAGCUAAAGGUACUGAUAAGUCUUAUCCUGUAAUUGCAAGAGGAGAGCCUUGUGCAAGAGUGAAGCACAGCUGGAGCAAGGGAGGCUUAUUCCUGUCUUUAAGCCAGUUCCAAUCUAGUGUGAGAUCCAGAAGAGCACUUCUCACCUACACAGAGUCUGUGUGUGCUGUACUGUGUACAGCAACAAUGAAAAAAUGUUAGUUGUAGCCCCAGAGAGGAGAACCAGAGAGAGGAAAUUGUUCUCUUAGUUGGACAGAGGUAUGAGGUAUGGUGGUGAGGCAAGGUAGUGUGCAACAGUACAGGCUUGUGGACAUCUGUGUGUGCUCUGUGCAAGGGCAAGGAGAAGUCUAGCUAGAGAGGGAAAGACAUCGAGAGAAAGGCUCGGGAAAAAGGUCAAGAAAAGCUAAAUGUCUUUUGUUUACACAAUUCGGGUAGGAAGCUUCAUGGCAGACUUGCUGCACAAGCUGUAAAUCCAGGAUUGUUGCAGCUUAUAGUACUCCUUAGUCCAAGCCACACUGUUUUUUCUGUAAGACAAAGUGAUAGGAAAGGGUACCUGCUAGCUUCUUUUCAUUAUCUUUGAAAAACCAUUCUCAACAUGCUUAGUUCUUCAGGGAAAUCUUAUGAGAAAUACACCAAGUAAGAACUUACUCCUUGUCCAGAUGAAGUUAAUGUGAGUUUUGUUCUCAUUGGAAACUUAAAAUACCUAAAUUCAGCUCAGUUUGCCUUAACUGAUGUAUUGAUAAUUGUCUGGAAGGAGAAACUCAAAUAAAUCCACCUCUAAAUGCUAUAGAAAGCAGAGCAACAUUGACGUAGUCUAAGCUCUUCCUUCUGAUUUCUCCCAGGUGGAAUUUCCAGUGUUUCUUGUUCAGACAACUCUGGCAUGUCUUCUAAAUUAACUUUUUGACUUUUUCUAAAAGAAAAAGAAAAAAGAGGGGGAAAAAGCUGGUGCCCUUACAUCUAGAAAAAUGUAACUAAGUAACAGUUUCAUCUUUGAUUUUCCUCCCCUGUAGCAAUCUGACAGGGAAAGAUUUCUAUGCCAUGGCUCAGGGAAAGGAAAAAUAAACAGGGGAAAUGUGAGUAAAAUAGUGCCUAUUAGAACUAAACAUAUGUGUAGGACAGACUACAGUCAUUAAAGCACAGUCUCAAAUAUGAUUGCAAGCUGUAAAGUCAAUGUCAGGUGCCUCUUUUGUAUCAUAGGCUUUUCCCAGGCUAAGUAGCGCAGGAGCAGAAGAGCUGGACUUGUGUGCCGGAUCAAUGUCUCUCUUUCUCUCAGAGUUUGUCAUGGAACCUGGAGACACUACACUCUUUCAGCAGCACAACCAGCUCCAUGAAUUGACAGGUGUAGGCAUGAAGACAAAUGGUUAUUGUGUUAACAAAUGGACAUGGACGAUUUGCACUUGGAACAUUAGGGUCUAUUUACAUCCUUGCACUGGCAUUGUUCCCCAGCAUAGGCAGAUCAAAGUGUUAUCUUUUCCUUGGAAAUGAAGAGAAGCUCUGUGAUUGUCAGUGUUGGUCUGCACAAAAGAGAAUAAAUAUGUGAUAUAUUUUUCCAGUGCAGAUACUCGUUGUUGGAAGAGGAAAAAUUUGGUCCGAGAAAGAUUAUGUUUACUAAAACUGUAAAGACUUGUUCAAGACUGUUCUCAGUGCAGAUACUAUAGAAUCACAGAAUGGUUUGGGUUGGAAGGGACCUUAAAGGUCGUCUAGUCCAACCCCUCUGCCAUGGGCAGUACUUACCUAUUGAUAAGUAGUAACUGCUGUCUUCUAGGAAGAGAGAGAUUACAGUGUUCUGUGGAUCUUCCUCAUCUCCUUUGACUGGGGACAUUUUAAAUGCCCUCUGAAACCUAGUCUUGUUUUUGCUUUCCCAUAAUGGAUCAAAUGUCCAUGCUAGCAAGACAAUAAAGGCUUUUCUCCAUUAUGUAGACAAGAUCAUGCAUGAAGAUUUGCUUCUAAUAAGAUACAGGCAUCUAGUCCAGAUUCAUUGGCCUUCUGGGUUCAUUUUCAUUGGGCAUGGAAAUCUGGUCAUGAGUUGGAGGCCAAAAGGUUAAGAACCCUCUUCCAGAGAGCCCUGCCAAGUUCCCAUGAGGCAAGUACAAGUGGAUUUCCCUUCCUUUCAGAUACUGCAUGCUUGAGCAAUGUAGCAAGCCAAAAGCUCUUUUGCAGGUAUAUAUUCUUGUUUGGCUUUAAUUUUUCUUCUCUAAUUUGUGGAUGUUGUGCAUGAUUGGAGGUCUCUGGGAAUCCCUACAUUAUAAAAUUGGGACUCAAAAUAAUUUAAUGAGGAACAGGAUUUCUCUUGUUUCGGCUCUUUUUUAGAUAUAGGUGGGUAAAGACUGAGGUUUUGGGAGGUACAAGGGUGGUGGAUGAGAGUCUCAGGGGUGGCAUGCAGAAUGGAUUCCUGAAGCAUGUAUAAAAAUAACUAAAGGCUUGGGUCUUUAAAUGUUAUAUUCUCAGUAUCUGAAACUACUUUAGCAUAAGUGUAUGGGACAAUGGAGGUUGCUGCAAAGCAAUUUUAAAGAGCUUCCCCCAAGCCUGUACACUUUGUGUAGCGGGGAGGCUGCAUGGUGAUUAUAUUUAUUCUUUCAAGCUAGUGUUUACAGAGGUGUUUGGGAAGAAAGUACUGAAUUGAAGUAAAACAAGGGAAAGGGACCCGCUAUUGAAAGCUUUCAUCCUUACCUUGUCCCACCCUAGCCCUUAAUAACUAAAAUGAGUCUGAUUUGCCUUUGGUCUUCCAGCUCCAAAACAUGUUUGCCUGAAAAUUUUUGUUGGAUAUACUUCGCAUGUUUUGAUAAUGUGACUUAUGAGAUAACACUUCUACAAAGAUAUAUAUAAAUACAUACAUGUACAACCACAUGCAUACAUGUGCACACACUACAUAUAGACUUAGAAAUUUAUAUGGCACUACACACCUCCAUGCCUGUAUGUGGCAGUAACCACAGUAAAGGAGGGGAGGUAGCUCAAAAUAGCAUGUACAGUCCUUUAUGGAGUUGUUAUUAAACAGAAUGUGGUCUUG